CUGUCUCAUGGGCAGGAUUAACUGGAGGACCUUCAGAUUGUUCAGCUUCGACAAAUUUCUCCUCUGGCAGAUGACUAGACACGGACUUCUCCAAAAUGAAGGUGGCAGACUUGAAGAGAGAAUUAAAAAAUCGUGGCCUCAGUACAACUGGAAAUAAGAAUGAGCUUCAGGAACGACUCCAAAUGGCUCUUUUAGAUUCUGACCCUGUUCUUGAGGACACGGCAAUUUCAGAAGAUCUCGAUGAUGAUGAAGUCCUCAAUGAUGAGGAAUUGGAACAUGCUAAGGAGCUCUUGGAAGACACUUCACAUGAUGAUGCGAUUCUCUCUAGUCCGACACCAUCUGCUGAUUCAGCAACUGUGGUCAAUCCAUCAUCCACGGAGGCGGCAAAAGAAGAGCAGCCACCACCUCGAAAGAUAGUUCUCAAACGAAAAUUGGUUAUUGCACCGCCACCAGAUACCCCAGAAGUAGACAAAACUAAAGAUUCUCCGAAGAUUUUGAGUGAUGGAGAGAUUUCCAAUGAUGCAGAGAAAUCCACUGAUGAUCAUGCAUCGGGAGGUGAGAGUGACAAGAAGGUUAUAAAGUUAUCUGAACUUUCGGCCAAGGAGCGUUUAGAGUUGCGAAUGAAGAAAUUUGGAGCCCCUUUGUCAUCAGAUGCCAAGAAAAUUGCCCGAGCUGAACGAUUUGGUACUUCAGCAUCCACCACAACAUCUGCAUCCUCCAAUGGAGCCCCAGCAUCAAUUGAUGUACUGAAGAAGCGUGCUGAGCGCUUUGGGGGUUCUGUGUCCACCGCCAUGACGAAGAUUGAAAACCAAGAGAAACUGAAGAAGCGUCAGGAGCGUUUCGGAGCAUCCACAGUCGCAGGAAAGAUAAGUGUGAGUCCGACAGCAAAGUCUGAGUAUGAAGCCAAGGCACAGCAGCGUCUGGAGCGUUUCAAGACGACAGUUAAGUAAUUUCUCAAAAAGCCUCAUGGACAUUUCGUCUCCAUUGAAAAUCUUGUCAAUAUUUAUUUGCGAAAAAGUUGAUCAAGUAAAAACUAAACAGGAGAAAUAUUACAUCGAUUGACAUUCUCACGUUUAUCCCUCUGAUGAAAUGUAAUAAUUAUAAAACAUAGUAAUAUAAACUAAUUAAAUUGAAGAGAUGCUGAGAAAAUGAAAUACAACGUGGAUGAAAAUGGA